AUUGACAAACAGCUUAAAUCUGAAAUUACACCGACUUUAUUUUUAUGUAGCUGUUGGCUGUUGAAUUAGAAAAAGACUCUGAUCCAUCACGCCACAAAAUAACAACAAAAACACGAAAGAAAAGCAACGUCCGGUCUGAUAUGAGCGGCGACGCCAUCUUGCUUGUAAGGCGUAAUCCUACUUUGGUUUUCUAGAGGUGACCAAUCUUCCGGUUCAAAGAGUCUUUGCAAUUUACCCAUGACUCCUUUGAAACGUAUGACCUGUCUCUGGCCUUGACGUGUAGCGCGGUGUUGCUGCUGCUGCUGUGUGCGGGCUGUAGGACUAGACAACCGGUAACUAGCAACACUGUUUCUGUCCCACAAGUCGGCUACUAAAGUGGGAACCGUUAGAGCGGAGCUGAGCCACAAUGCUGAAAUGUAGGACUGUAUGGAAAAAGCUUGCACCUCUUGCUAGAGCCUCGUCCACUGUGUGCCGGCAGAAUGUGAGAAGAGCAGGGUUGAACAAUGGCAGAAUACCAGCGUGUGUUCCUGCGGCUCACAUGUCCACUGGGCCUGCAGGGGGUGGAAGGGAAAACCAGCUGUACGCCCUGUUGGUUGGAGCAGCCUGCCUUGGUGGAGGAAUAUAUGCGUACCGAACUGUCAAGGGAGACAGUAAAAGAUAUCAGGAUCGACUUGAAGAAAUUUCAUCUAGACCUCACAAAAAAGCCUCAGAACAAGCAGCUACAUUCAUCCAGCCAGAGGCUCUUGCUGUGGAGGCCACUGAGACAAAAGCUGUCCCUAAGCCAGAACCUGAGCCACAAGCAGCACCCUCACCAGAGAAAUCGAGCCCUCCGGCCACUGAGGCUGCAGUAGCGGCCCCCAGUGAAACAACUGAAACUCCCCCAGCAGAGGAGCCUGUGGUAGAAGCAUCUCCAGAAGAGGCAGCAGAACAACCUGCUGCACCUGUAGUUGAGGAGGAACCCUCACCCCCCUCCGAGCCUCCCCCUGCUGAGCUUACAGAGCCGCCCUCUGAUGAGCUUACAGAGCCUCCCCCUGCUGAGCUUACAGAACCUCCCCCUGCUGAGCUUACAGAACCUCCCCCUGCUGAGCUUACAGAGCCGCCCCCUGCUGAGCUAUCAGAACCUCCCCCAGCUGUGCUUACAGAACCUCCCUCUGCUGAGCUUACAGAGCCUCCCCCAGCUGAGCUUACAGAGCCUCCCCCUGCAUCCGUUGAGGAGAGUGAACCUGCAGCAGCAGCAGAAAGCCCCGCAGCAGCAGAACCACCUGAGCCUCAGCCUGAAGUUGUGGCAGAGAGUGCUCCAGGAGUGGACUCUGUACCUGCCUCAUCCAAGGUCCCCUCACACGCCCCUUACCUCCUUAUUGGUGGAGGUACUGCCUCUUUUGCUGCUGCCCGGUCCAUUCGAGCCAGAGACCCCGGCGCCAGGGUAUUGAUUGUGACUGAUGAGGCAGACCUUCCAUACAUGAGACCACCUCUUUCUAAGGAACUGUGGUUCUCAGAUGACCCCAGUGUGACGGAAACACUGCGUUUCAAACAGUGGAACGGAAAGGAAAGAAGUAUCUACUUCCAGCCCCCAUCAUUCUACAUCAAUCCUGAAGAAUUGGAAAGUACAGACAAUGGGGGAGUGGCUGUUCUUACUGGCAAAAAGGUGGUUCACAUGGAUGUGAGAGGAAACAAAGUCAAACUGGACGAUAACACUGAGAUUUCAUAUGACAAGUGUUUGAUUGCUACAGGUGGCGUGCCAAGAAAUCUGCAGGUCAUUGAAAGAGCAGGAGAUGAGGUGACGAAGAGGACGACUUUGUUCCGCAAGAUUGACGACUUCAAAUCAUUGGAUAAAGUCUCCAGAAACGUCCAGUCCGUCACAAUCAUUGGAGGUGGCUUCUUGGGCAGCGAGCUGGCCUGUGCCCUUGGCAGGAGAUCUACCGAGUCUGGCUUGGAGGUGAUACAGAUGUACCCUGAGAAAGGCAACAUGGGAAAAGUGCUGCCUGAGUAUCUGAGCAACUGGACAACACAAAAAGUCAAGAAAGAGGGCGUAAAAGUCAUCUCAGAAGCUUUGGUGAAAUCUGUGAUCUACAAGGAUGAUAAAUUAGAAAUCAAACUGAAGGAUGGCCGACUGGUGAAAACCGAUCACAUAGUUGCAGCUGUUGGCCUGGAGCCCAAUGUUGACCUUGCAAAGUCUGCAGGUCUGGAGGUGGACUCUGACUUUGGUGGCUUUCGAGUCAAUGCAGAGCUGCAAGCCAGGUCCAAUAUCUGGGUGGCAGGAGAUGCUGCUUGUUUCUACGACAUCAGACUGGGCCGCAGGCGGGUGGAGCACCACGAUCACGCCGUUGUGAGCGGUAGACUAGCAGGAGAGAACAUGACAGGAGCCAGCAAACCCUACUGGCAUCAGUCUAUGUUCUGGAGUGACCUGGGUCCUGAUGUAGGCUACGAGGCGAUUGGGAUCGUUGACAGCAGCCUGCCAACAGUAGGAGUGUUUGCCAAAGCCACUGCCAAGGAUACACCUAAAGCUGCUACAGAGAAGUCCGGAACUGGGAUCCGCUCAGAAAGUGAAACAGAGGAUGUAGCCACAAGCCCAGCGGCCUCUUCAACACCCGCCCCCCCUGUGGAGCCACACAAAGACGACUACGGCAAAGGAGUCAUCUUCUACCUGAGAGACAAAGUGGUGGUGGGGAUUAUCCUGUGGAACGUGUUCAACAGAAUGCCCGUCGCAAGAAAGAUUAUCAAGGACGGAGAGGAACAUGCGGAUCUGAAUGAAGUGGCCAAGCUGUUCAACAUCCACGAGGAUUAAGAUGGUGAAGGCCGAGACUCGUUACAGGAGGGGAGUUACGCCUCAUGUGAAGACUGAACUUUGGCAGUCAUUGCCACUCUCUUUAAGACACAACUGAUCACGCGUAUGAGGGGGAGGGUCAAUGUAAAUUAUGUCAUGUCGCUGAAAUAUUUUCAUAUUUGGAAUUUGAUUCCGCUACGCCAGUUUUUGUUUUUUUGGUUGUUGUUUUUUUUCUAUUCAGGAGAAAUCACUGUCUCAUUCUUCUUGCUACCACCACACUUUUUGCUCAUGUUUUUUUAAAAUCGUGGUCAGUGUGUGAUUGUCUAUCCGCUUUUCCGCAGCAGGCUGACAAUGUUCAGCAUGGAUUAUUGUUGUUUUCCUCUGUGUGAUCAGAGCAGCUUGUCGUGAGAAAAGCUGCAAUAAAAGCUAUUUUUAAAUUGGA